AUGAAGACGGAGAGCAGGAGAAAUGUGAGGAUGCUGAAGGAAGAGGUGCAAAAGCUGGACGGUCUUUACCAACAAACUCUGAAGUUGUCUUCUGUGUUCUUUGUCAAAUUCUGUACACUCAGGUCUGAGUGCGCUGUACCUGGCGGAGGGAAGGGGGCUGACGAGCCUGGUACUUCUCCCCCGCAGUCCGUGGAAGACGUUCCACGGACAUCGGAGUCAGGGAGUCAGUCCGCAAGGACUUCUGGAGCCCGAUUCUUCGGAGCUCAGCCCGUUAAGGCAAAAGUGUUCAGCCCAGGACCACAUGGACACCCGGACCAACGCGCCUACAUUGUUACCUGGGAAAGUUUGGCACGUGACCCGCCCCUAUGGGUCCAGCCCUUUGUCAUCUCUAACAACAUCUCUAACAAACCCCAACCUUCUCUUACCCCUAUAGCCCCUAAGGCUCCCCCUCCCCAGGAAAGCCAACCACUUGUGCCUCUUCCUCCUGCACCUUCCCCUGCCCUACCCUCUUCUUCCCUAUACCCCACCAUUCUUAAGGAGAAGGUUCCCAAAGAAAAACCUCUGAAACCUACCCCUGCGCCCCCUCCCGUCCUUCCUCUGAACCCUGACUCUCCCCUCACUGACCUUCUAUCAGAAGAACCCCCUCCUUAUGCAGAUCCAGAGGAUCCAGAGAGUCCGGAUGGGCCAGAGACUGCAGCGGCGGGUGGACAGCCUGCACAAGUCUCCCCAGCCCCUUCACCCAUGGCGGGAAGACUCCGGGGAAGGCGCAAACCACCCCCUGAUUCCACUACUCAUGCCCUACCCUUGAGAGAGGGCCCAAACGGCCGACAGCAAUACUGGCCAUUCUUUGCCUCAGAUCUAUACUAUUGGAAACACCAUAACCCCCCAUUCUCCAAAGAUCCAAUAACGCUGACUAACCUGAUUGAGUCUAUUUUAGUCACCCACCAGCCCACUUGGGAUGAUUGCCAGCAGCUCUUGCAAACCCUGCUGACCUCGGAGGAAAAGCAAAGAGUCUUUUUGGAGGCUUGGAAAAAUGUCCCAGGCGACAACGGGAGCCCAACCCUUUUGCUUAACGAAAUUGACGAGGCCUUCCCUCUGACGCGACCUGACUGGGAUUUCACUACAGCUGCAGGUAGGGGACACCUACGCCUCUAUCGCCAGUUGCUAAUCGUGGGUCUCCGAGGGGCAGCACGCCGCCCCACCAAUUUGGCCCAGGUUAAGCAAGUAAUACAGGGAAAUGAAGAGACGCCCUCAGCCUUCUUAGAAAGGCUCAAGGACGCUUAUAGGAUGUAUACCCCCUAUGACCCUGAAGAUACAGGGCAAGCUACAAGUGUAUCCAUGUCUUCCAUCUGGCAGUCUAGUCCGGAUAUUAGAAGCAAAUUGCAGAGGCUUGAGGGUCUCCAGGGAUAUACUAUACAAGACUUACUAAAAGAGGCAGAGAAGAUUUUCAACAAGAGGAGAAACAAGGAAUUAACUAGGGUGUUGGCCACCGUGGUUCAGGGACAGAAUAGAGAGGGAGACAGGAAGGGAGAACGACGUAGGGCCAAGGUGGACAGAGACCAAUGCGCCUAUUGUAAAGAACGAGGACACUGGAUUAAGGAUUGCCCCAGGAGGAACAAAGGACCUAGAAAGCCCAGGCCCCGAACCUCCCUCCUCACCUUAGAGGAUUAG